AUGUUUAUGAAGCCUUAUGAUCAAAUCGUCGUUCAUGAUAUUAAUCGCAAUAACCGCAAUCGCAAUGAUAAGGGAACAAACGAUGAACAAACGCAGAAACAACUAGCGAGGAUGAUAGCUCCGAGCCUAAUAAGUGGGGAGGUCACUAUGUUAUCCGCUUUGACGUUUCCUCCAACUAUCCCUUACUCGUUUGGUACAUUGGCACAGGCAAAGGCACGAAAAAUGGAGUUGAUCUACAAUUGGCAAUACCGGGAACUCCUUACUCAAAUCCGUGUAAUCAGUAAUCGGGCGACGAUUGUGCUAGGCAAUGAGGAGCUUACCAACGGGCAAAGCAUAAUCACACAGCGUAAUAGCUGUAUAUCUUUUGGGAAGCUAGGCUAUUCUCUUGAAUAUGCUGUUGCUGAUGAAGAUAAGUAUCAGCAACAACUUAAAAUGUUCUUUCACAACAGUCUGAACCGAAAUCCACCACCACCAGACCUUUCGGCGACGCCAUCCCCUUGGGAUACUACGUUAGGAAACUGGAUUAUGAAGGGAACUGUUGGUAAAGGCACAAAUCAGCCUCAUUCAAUGCACGUCAUGACGGACGCAAGCACACUUUGA